UAUACUUAAGUAAAGUAACUAAUUACAUUUACUCCAAUACUUUACACCACUGCUGGUCACUGCAACUCCAGCAGAUGUAGAGGGAUCCUUCUCUGUGCCCAGCACCCCAAGACUGAUUGCACUUGGUAAGUUUAUCAACAUGCUUUUUUAAAUACCAUGGCUAAUGAAAAAUUAUUAAAUUAAAUUGCAAGGUGAAGGACAGUCACUACUAAAUGGAACACACCAUACAGACCAGUAGUGCUGGAGAAGGAACUUUUGAAUUUUUUGUAUUUGCAUGAAUAAUUUAAUCAUAAUAUAUUACCAUGUGAAUAUAGAUUUUUAUUAUGGUGACAAUAAUGCUGAAAAAUAGUCUCAAGAAUCAUGAUUUGUAACAAUAGUUUUUCCUUACCCUUACUAAAAAGCUGCUAUAAUGGUGUCUGUUACAGGAGACUCUGUUUUCCGUGCCAAAAAAUGGAUGCUGACAAUGGAGGGCAGAGUCAUCAUAGAGCCACAAGAGCUAACAGAUUUUCAAUGUGCAAUACCAGGAAGCAGCCACCAACAGUGGUGGAAAAAUACACUGAUGAUGCGGGCAUCAUCCCCAGUAACACCAUGGUGACCGUCAGACGAAUCCCUGGAACUGGGGUAAAAUCCACAUAUAACAGACAUGCCAACAGCACGUGAACGGUUCAUCAUUGUCACUAGUGCAGCUUUUCAAGACCAAGAAUCUGGCUGAGGAAAAUGCAUCAGAGGAGGACAAAAUAAAAGCUGUCAUGUUCCAGUCCAGCCGCUGUUACUAUUCUGUGAAGUGAGUAUAAUAACAUUCACAUCAUGAGCAGAAUUUUCAAGUGCACUCUAUCACGACUCUCAUCACUUACCAGUGAAGCACUCAAGCUGGUUGGAGGCCUUCCGCCAAACUAUGUGUGCUAUAACUGUGGCAUCCCUGGGCAUCACAUCAGAAACUGCCCAAAGACACGGGAUCCAACUUUUGUUGGAGGUAAACGCAUGCGGAGAAGCGCAGGAAUUCCUGUCAGCUUCCUAAUGGAGGUGGAUGACCCCAACAUGAAGGGAGUGAUGCUGAGCAGCAGCGGAAAUGAGGCUUAUGCAUCUCAGAAGAAAGACAAUCCGCCUUUCUUACCCCAGAACGACUCUUCCUCAUCGACCUCAGAUGAAGAUCCAGUGCUUGAUGCUUUUCUGUGUCAGAUCUGUAAAGAUCUCAUCACUGAUGCUGUGAUGACUCCCUGUUGCAGCAACAGCUACUGCGACGACUGUAUCCGAACGUGUCUGCUGGAUUCGGAUGAACAUGUUUGUCCCACCUGCAAACAGUCUUGUGUGUCUCCUGAUGCUUUGAAUAUCAACAUGUUCUUACGCCAGGAAGUGAACCGUUUCAAGAACAGAGCCAAGGGGUCUGGUUUCUCACAUCACCAAAGACCCCUUCACUCUCAAUCAGCGUGUUCCUCCACAAGCCCGAGCCUCAGCCAUCGAUCCAGCUCGUUUGCUUCUGAACCUCACAGCUCUCGCACCAAUUUACCCUCUGGUAAGAGGCGACGGGACUUGAGCGGGAAUGAUGAUGAAGACAAUGGCUCCACACCUCUACACAAGAAAACCAAGCAUGCUGCUUUGUGAAGA